AUGACUGGCCGGGACGCGCUUUCCGACGGGUGUGCCAGGAGCAGGGCGCUGGUGCCCGGAGGCCCGCCCACUGGCUCGCGCCCCCGGGGCUUCGCCAUCACUGACUUGCUGGGCCUGGAGGCCGAGCUGCCUGCACCUGCAGGCCCUGGGCCGGGAUCCUGCUGCGAAGGCCCCGCGGCUGCCCCCUGCGCCGGUCCAGGGCUCGGGGACUCUGGCUUGGCGCGCGGGGCCCUCCCGCUGGGAUUCGGCCUCCUCUGCAGCUUCGGCGCGCAGCCCCCUGCGGCUGCCCGGGCGCCCUGCCUGCUUCUAGCCGACGUGCCGUUCCUGCCGCCCGAGGGGCCUGAGCCCCCCGCCCCGCACGUCCUCGGCCGCUCACCGCCCACGAGCAUCCGUCAGAAGCGCAGCGAGAGCGUCUCGACGUCUGAAGAUGACAGCCUGCCUGAAGAUAGGAGUGACCUGAAGUUGCCCCCCACCCCUGGCAAGAGGAAGAAGCGAAGGCACAGGACGGUUUUCACUGCCCACCAGCUGGAGGAGCUGGAGAAGGCCUUCAGCGAGGCCCACUACCCUGACGUGUAUGCCCGGGAAAUGCUGGCUGUGAAGACUGAGCUCCCGGAAGACCGGAUACAGGUCUGGUUUCAGAAUCGGAGGGCCAAGUGGCGCAAGCGGGAGAAGCGUUGGGGUGGCAGCAGCGUGAUGGCCGAGUAUGGGCUCUACGGGGCGAUGGUGCGACACUGCAUCCCACCACCUGACUCUGUCCUCAGCUCCGCGGAGGGCGGCCUGCUGGGCUCCUGUGUGCCCUGGCUCCUAGGGAUGCAUAAAAAAUCCACAGGGAUGAUAAAGAAAGCAGAAAGUGAAGAAAAGCUGGCAGGACUCUGGGGCUCUGACCACCUCAAGGAAGAUUUUAGCCCGCUUCAGGCAGGACCCCAGAGGGGCUCAGAUGAAGGCAGCCCUGAAAGUGGCCAAGAUGUGGCCAUGGAUCUCUCCAACUCCACUCGGCAGGAGGCCAAGAGAGCACCGCAGGAGGCCGGGACCCAAGGCUGUUCAGACUCUGAGGAGCUAAAGGGGCUCCAGCCCAGGAAGGGGGAGGCCUUAUGAGGCCUCAGCUCCUCCCCAUCAGGGCUGGAAAUGUGCACAUUCCUUACCGCUGUUUUCGAAAGAUGAAAGUUGUGGAAGACAAGUACUUACAGUUGGAGUUUUUAAGUGUCAGGACGCAAUGCAAUGCCAUUUGCUUUAAGAAGACAAAUGGUGACCUAUGGUAAAAUUCCAUUUCAUUCUAUAAUGGAAAUCACUCCUUAAAGGCAGGUGAACCAGUUAAUUUGGUGUAAAACUUCUCUUCUCUUCUGUAGAACCUGAGGAGGGAGGUUUUCAAGUCCAAAACCCAUUUUCACUGCCAGACAGCCUGAGAUCUGGUUCACAAUACUGCAGAUUAACAGGUUAAAUCCUUACAAGGAAUCUGACUGAUUAACAGGUUAAGUCGGAUGUUCUUACCUGGAAUCAGAAAAUACAAAAUUAUUUAACGGGCAGAGAAUCAAAUAGUUUCACAAAUAGUGAAGACCUCGUGCGGACCUCAAAUGAAUGAAAUUUAGCAUCUUUACCUUGAACUUGCUUUGGAUGUUGCCAUUCUCUUAGGCAAUAAUUCUGUGUCCUCGGAACUCUUCCGCAAAGAAAGCCCACCGUCCCUUCCCUUCCCAAACAGCUUGGGGCCAAAUUGGAACAACCGUUGAAUAUUUGUAAACAGUAUGUUAAGGUCAGACCAGGCUUCUUGGUUUUUUUUAAAAUUUAUGUUUGAGAGCACUUUAGUGACUUGAUUUCCUGAAUGUUUCCUUGCCUGUAUUUCCU